GCGGCCGAAGAUGGAGUCCCCCGGGAUGGAUUAUUUCUGCGACCAGGUGCAGCAGAAAGACGUGGGCCGCAGGAUGCAGGUGGGCCAGGAGCUGCUGGAAUACCUGAGCGACCCGGCGAGGUCUUCCGAGGUGGAACAGGACCAGCAGCGCCUCGACAAAGUCAUCGACGAGUUGACGGCGUGGGUCAACUCCAGCAAUUUUAAGGUAGCAUUGCUGGGAUUAGAUGUUCUAGGUGCCUUCGUCGACAGACUAUCAGGACGCUUUAAAGCCUAUAUAGGAACUG